AUGCGUAGAUCCGAAGUGGAGCGGAAGGUGGAGACCCGGACGUCGUCCGAGUGGACUCCGUACCAGCACCAGCCGCUCGGACUCAGCAGGAGCGACGUCCCGCGAAGGAGUCCGUGCCCGUCGCCGUCGGGCAGCGAGCGCGCGGCUACGGCCACGCCCCUCGACACAGCCAGCAACGCCGAGGACACGUCCAGCAACGGCAACAAAGACGACGAGGACGACGACGCGGACGACGACAACGACGAUGACAAGAUCGACGCCCAGUACGACCCGGAGCGUCUCAAGGCGUUCAACAUGUUCGUGCGCCUGUUCGUGGACGAGAACCUGGACCGCAUCGUGCCCAUCAGCAAGCAGCCGAAGGAGAAGAUCCAGGCCAUCAUCGACGCGUGCGCGCGCCAGUUCCCCGAGUUCGCGGAGAGGACGCGCAAGAGGAUCCGGACUUACCUCAAGAGCUGCAGGAGAAAUAAGAGAACCCGGGACUCCAACGGCUGGGAGACGCCGUCCCGCCCGACGCCGCCGCACCUGACGAGCAUCCAGGCGGAGCAGAUCCUGGCGAACGCGUGCGAGAACGAGGCGCAGAAUGCCAAGAGAAUGCGGCUGGGACUCGAGCCCAUCGCGCAGCCCAACCCCCUCAACCCCCUCCCCCAGGCGCCGGUGAGUCCUCGGCAGGAGUGCGAGGCGAAAGGCCGAAUUCUAAGGGUGUGCGUGCGUGUGUACGUGUACGUGCAGGUGUGUGAAGUAUGCUGUCAGACAGGGUGUCCCGUAGCUCUUCUAAGGAUCUGGUCCUGCGCCCUCCGCGGCUGCAGCUCAGACUCGGGUCCUACAAGCAGAACAGAAACGAUUCCCGGCUGCCGGUCAGCGAAGCGGGAUCAGCAGCGCGCGCCGCAACUCGUGCUUAGAUUCAGCCUAUUUCCUCUGCAGCAACAAGUCGACAACAACCACAACAACAAGUGA